AUGUCUUCAUCCCAACAACAACAACUACCCAUUGUAUUUCUAAGCCAAUCUCCUGGUUCGAUGGAAAUUGAUGAAUCCUUCAGUGCAUGGCAUGUCACUCACCUCACACCACUCCAGGACGAGGACAUUUUGCAUGUUGCGUCCUCCUCAAAGAAUUCAUUCAUUUGGACAAGUAAUGACAAAAUUUACACCAUCGGAAGACCCAAAGACACAUCGAUCGUUGUUGAUGCUGUGGAGCAAUCGAAUCGAAUCCUUAAUUGCAAAGAAUGGAAUUGGAGAGAAGUGGUCAAACACUUUCUUCGUUAUCAUCCUGAAAUGAAUGAUAUUGUUGGAGAUGUUCGAAUGUUAUCGAUCAAAAACAUUGAGGCCUCUUGUUAUGCUGUAUUUGUAGAUUUGGGAGAUUCCUUGUUUUUAGCGAGCAAUGAACAUAACCAUACCAUGUGGAAAUUUGAAAAGAAGGUGAAAUUAUUUGUGACUUCUCCUUCGAGUAAUCAUGUGUUGGUUGUGUUUGAUGACAAUGAAUUGAUGAAUAUUGAUAGUUUAUUCUUUCAAAUGCCUUCCGUUCAGAGUAGUGAAAUUGAUAGUCCCAUUGCAUUGACAGCCACUUCAGGUAAAUCAGACAUUAUAUUCACACAAACCAAUAAGAUGUUUGUAAGAGGUGACAACAAGUUCAAUGUUCAAAAUGGAAUCAAAAGCAACUCGUCGUAUCGCUACGUCGCCACUCCAUUUGAAUCUCUUUCUAAAGUGAAAGAAGUGAAAUGUGGAAUGUUUCACACUGCUGUUCUUUUGGAAAAUCAUGAAAUUUACCUGUGUGGAUACAAUCGAGAUGGACAAUGUGGUGUUUUGGAUUUGACUUCCAACUCGAAUGCUCUCCUUUUUACAAAGUUGCAUUUGAAAGAUCGUUUCAAUCAUUCGAUCAUUCCCGAACACAUCUACUGUUCUGCUUUCUCGACUGGAUUUGUUUCCAAAUAUUCCUUCUGUCUCUAUGUUUUUGGAGACGUCAUCAAACAUAUCAAUAAGAACAAACAAGGGCAAGUGCAACAACAUUCCAACUCUUCAUUGGAAUACAUUUUAGAAUAUAAAGGACCUUCCCAAACGUUGAAUGAUUCUCUCUCACGAGGGAAUGCUGGUCAACAACAACAAGACGACGACGACCAGCACCACCAUGACAACAACACUUCAUCCCAAUCUCGGACCGAUUUCGUACGUGUGGAACCAUUUGAAAUUUAUAACCCUUCCACUUUAGAGUGUCAUGUCAUGGGAAGGAAAAUUCCACUCGAACCCUUUGGACUCAAUUCUGUGAGUUUUGGAUAUGGCCACAUUCAAUGUUUUCGAAAGAAGGAAUUUAAGGCAAGUUUAAAUUACUUCAAACUCCAUCUCCAAAAACUUGUUCAUUCCAACACUAGUCUUUCUUUUCGAGAUGUUGAAAUUGUCGUUGCGGAUAGAAAUCAUGAUGAAUAG